UAAAAACCCUCCUCUUUUCAGUUUGGACCCAACUCCUUAGCCUAAAGUCUUCGAAAUUGUUCGUUUUAAAUUCUUAAUAUUUGGUCUUAGGGUAUGGCGACGAUGGGGCGUCAUCUCUCACGAUCUCUCGUUUACCAGCUAAAGCACCCCCGAUGGAACCGAUUGUUUUUGAAGUCCCACACUAAUUUGCAUUCCGUAUCCGUUUACCUAGGACAGCCACGAGUAUUCAGCAACAAAGAACACGAUGGUUUUGAUUCGAGAAAUAAGCCACUAAAAUUAAAUUGCAGUAGUAAGACAUGUAACAUCUUCAAAGCAGGUGAUCGGUCGGCGGAAGUGGAUACAUCCCAACAAACUAAUGCCCAGCAUAGGAUGCAUCAGAGAAAAAAAGUCCUGUCAGGAACUGAGGAUGCAUCUUACUCAAAAGCAGUAUUUAUAAGGGGAAGGCGUAGAGUCAAGAUCUCUUUGUCCUGGGACAAAGUCAAUGGCUGUCUUCUGUACCUUUCGCAACUGAAUGUUCCUGCCCCGGGCACACCUUCGGAUCCCUUGCAUCUCAGCCAUCAACGAUCGUUUUCCAAAAAGGUCGAUGAGGAAGAGUGCUAUUGCAAAAAGAUGGAAGAUGAGAACUGCGCUUUAGAGCCCUUACCAAAACCAGAACCCCCGAAAUGUUCAAGGAUAUCCAGGAAGCGAAAGCAUUUACUAGAACAGAAGAAUAAGUUGUCUGAAGCCAAAGACCCUGUGGAAACGGAAUCUGAUGUGAAAAGUCUAGACGAAGCCGUUGAUGAGUUAAAGCACAGUUGCAUGCUAGCUGCCGAGAAGAAAGACUGUGAGCGAAAGCAGUACAAGGCACUCUGCGAGGAACUGAGAACCUCAAAGCCUCAGGGAGAUUCUAAAACCGUAGAUUCCCUCGUAAAGUGCAUGUUAUCUGGAAUAAAGAAAGCCUGUGCAGUUCACGCCCAGAAAAUGGUAUGUCAGAAAAAGUACGCCGAGGAGAUUGCUGCCGAAGAAACUGCGAGGAGGGAAAAGGAGAAAAAAGAGGGUAAGCCACUAGACUGUAGUAAACCUAACGAGGAAGACGAAUAUAGCUCGUUGAAUAAGGCUGACAAGAAAAAGGCCAAAGAAGAAAACGAACUAAAGCGCGUUCUCCAGGAAAUAAAAGCCAAGUGCCAAAAGCAGCGUGAAGAGGCCGAGCGUAAAAAAAAGGAAGAAGCCGAGCUUAGUAAAAAAUGUGAAGAAGCUGCGAUUAAGAAAAAUUGUGAAGAACUAGCGGCGAAAAAAAAAUGCGAGGAAGCCGAGCGUAAAAAGAAAUGCGAGGAAGCAGCGGCGAAGAAAAAGUGCGAGGAAGCAGCGGCAAGGAAGAAAUGCGAAGAGGCUGCAGCAAAAAAGAAAUGCGAAGAAGCCGCGGCAAAAAAGAAAUGCGAAGAAGCAGCAGCUAAGAAGAAAUGCGAGGAAGCAGCAGCUAAGAAGAAAUGUAAGGAAGCGGCGCCAAAAAGCAAAUGCACAAAAGAUGCGGCAAAGAAUAAAUGUAAAGAUGCUGCGUCAAAGAACAAAUGCGAUGAGGCGGCGGCAAAAAAGAAAUGUGAAGAAGCUGCAGCUGAAAAGAAAUGCGAUGAAGCCGAGCGUAAGAAAAAAUCCGAUGAAGCAGCGGCCAAGAAGAAAUGUGAAGAAGAAGCAGCCAAGAAGAAGUGUGAAGAAGCAGCAGCAAAGAAAAAGUGUGAGGAAGAAGCAGCAAAGAAAAAGUGUGAGGAAGCAGCGGCUAAAAAGAAAUGUGAGGAAGAAGAAAACAAGAAAAAGUGCGAAAAGGGUGAUCCUAAGAAGAAUUCUCCAGAGGCUGCAGCUUUAAAAAAAUGUGAGCAAGAAAAAAGGAAAAAAAGUGAGGAAGCCGAGACAAAGAAAAAAAGUGAAGAAGCCGCGCUUAAAAAGAAAUGCGAGGAAGCCAAGCAGAAAAAGAAAUGUGAGGCCGAGAAAAAGAAACAAUCUGAAGAAGCCGAGAAAAAGAAAGAUUGAGAACUAGCUGAGUUCAAAAAAAAAUGUAAUGAGAUCUCAAAAAAGGUAAAGGAAGUGGAAUGUAAGGACAAAAAAGACAAAUAGUUGGAGACCUCCGGAAAACAGUCCGAAAACAAAGCUUACGGAGACGUGGGAGAUGGAGUCACAGGAUAAAGAUGAGUUGAUGGCAGUAUUAUCUUUUAUUACUAA